AUGAAAGAAAAUAUAUUGAAUUCGUUGUCAUUAUUGCCAAAAAUACAGACCAUUAGACUUUAUACCGGCAAAGACUUCAUCAAAACUGAAUCCAGUGUUGACUCGAAUGGUGUGAACCAAGUGUUGGACACAAUGGAUAUGAAGGGUAACGACGAGUCGAUGGCCACCGAAGACAACGACAGCCAAACGUGGCAUCAAAUCACACACAAAGACAUUACAAUCCAUCAAAUGUUACAACAAUUCAAAGCAAUCAACACUUUGUGCCUAAAUCCUAAAAGACGAUUACAUUUGACUGAUAAUAAAAAUAGCGUUCAUUUAAAUAAGAGAUUUGUUUGUGAUUUCAAGGAUUGUAACAAAAGUUUUCCAUCAAAUAGUGGUUUAAUUCGACACAAAAGUUGUGUUCAUUUGAAUGAAAAGCCAUUCAAAUGUAAUGAAGAAAAUUGUGGCAAAAGUUUUGGUAAUAAAUCGCAUUUCAAUCGACACAAACGCAUCCAUUCGGGAGAAAAACCAUUUCCAGUUGUAUGUGAUUUCAAAGGUUGUAAUAAAAGUUUUAAUUGGAAAUCACUAUUAAUUCAACACAAAAAUAGUGUUCAUUUGAAUACAAGAUUUGUUUGUGGUUUCAAUGGCUGUAAACAAAGUUGUAAAUCAAAGACACAUUUAAAUCGACACAAAAAUUGUGUUCAUUUGAAAGUAAAGCCAUUCAAAUGUAAUGAAGAAAAUUGUGGCAAAAGUUUUGGUGUUAGGGCUCAUCUCAAUCGACACAAAAGUACACAUUCAGGAGAAAAACUAUUUGUAUGUGAUUACACUGAUUGUGAUCACAGUUUUGCACAAAAAUAUAAUUUAUUUCAACACAAAAAAUGCGUUCAUUUGAAUGUAAAGCCAUUUAAAUGUAAUGAAGAAAAUUGUGGCAAAAGUUUUGGGCGAAAAUCACAACUCAUUGAACACAAACUCAUCCAUUCGGGAGAAAAACCAGGAUUAUCCCACCAGUGGAAUAAUCCCUCUUAUCUAUUGAACCCUAACUGUACUUUUGGGUAUAAGAGAGCGACUGUUGUCUCUGGCAUGCAGUUCCUCCCCACCCGUCAAACCGUAUACAAUAAAAUAGUUAAUGUCUUACUGCUGUGUCUCGUUCUUCGCGUAUCACCGAUAGUGAUCCGCGAUAUCAACUCUUGGUCCACACCCAGUGGUGGACAGGGAGAUCCGACACACAGUACGACCGGCGUGAAGCCCCAACAGCAGUAG